AUGGAGCGUGAUGAGUUGGUCACUUUAUUUAACGACCCAAAGUCUGACCUGCGCGUAUUGGUCAUGACAUAUGACGUCGGGACAGUGGGCUUAAAUCUACCUAGGCAAUCGGCCGAUGUCUCCGGCGGGUACGGGCGAACCCUGAUCAAGCAGAAGUCCGACGCUGAUGACAUCCGAAAGGCCGCCUUGGAUGCAUAUCUCACCCAGGAGCCCGCCCAGUGGGCCAAGGCAGCGAAGGAUAAGCUUGACUCAGACGGCGGAGGUUCCACUGAGCCGGACAUCGAGCUCCCUAAGAGAGUUUGCCGAGCGAUCCUGGAAAGGAUCAAGUACCAGGAGAGCUCCCAGUCGAAAGAUGACCAUCUGGAUUCGACGACGACGAGGAGGGCGGGGACGGACUCCGGGGAAAAACUUUUCGACACGAUUGACCUGGGUCGGUCUCUGGGAAAGAUACUGACGUUGAAAUUUAACGCUCGCGAGUCGUGGAAAGAGUUCGCAGACCGGCACCAGCCAGACGACAACACACGGUACAUGAUGGCAUUGCUCGAAUUCCCCGAUCAGAAGUCGUGGUCGGCUGAAGACUUGAAGGACUUCGGCUAUCUUCGUCUGGGUCUGUUGCUUCUGUACAACCAUAUCCGUGGCAUCCCAACAGUGCAUUUGGGAAGUUCGAUCCAUAUCCAGUACCCGGAUAUUCCGGAGGAAGUUGUGGGCUCCAACAACUCAGCUGGGAUGCUUAAGGGGCCGAAGAUGAAGGAAAUGAGAGAGUUCCUCAAAUUGACUGCCGGGGACAGAGACUAG